AUGCUCAGUGAUGGCUCUGUGGUGAAGACUGAAGAGGAGAAAGAGGUGUUGGUGUUGGCAGAGCCAGGUUUUCUGAAGCGCCUCUUUUCCCUAACCCAGUUUGCCUCGCUUCCGAGUUUUGCCAAUGCCCCGUCAGCCAGUCAGCCUGACCUGAACCAAGUGUUGCUUUUGGCCGGUCUGGAGGUUUCCUCCACCAAAACCUACAGCCUGGCUAUCGGGCUGGCUGCCUACAGACGGUGUAACCGGCAGCAGGGCAGGCAGCAGGCACCGAGCCCUGGCAAGCAGAGUCCCGGCUCCCAGCCUAGCCCAGAGCUAUCUGUGACACAAGAGGAGGGACUGGAGGCGCCGGUGGUGCUGCAGCUGUGGGGUAACAUCGAAGUGCUGUUCCUAGACACAAGGCAGGAAUUCGGCCAGCACGUCUCUGUGCUGACACAGGGAAGAGCGAAACGCCCGUACGAUGGAGGAGGACAGGUGUGGAAGAGAGAAAUCCCACAGUUUAACAGAGUCAGUCCUGCAGCAGCAGCGGCUAUAGUGGAAGCAUGUCCCUCCCCAUGCCUUCUGUCACAGGCCUACAAAGAAUGCAGCACAGAUGAUGAGAAACGACUCCUGAUGAGGGACAUCCCAGUGAAAUCAGACAUCGCAGGCUUAUCCCACCGCAUCUACCUCUUCAUGGUAUCCACCGACCCCAACCUUGUCCUGGACCUGAGCACGUAGAGGGACUGGGGGCCGUGUCGGUCAGCCCCCUUGUUUU